UUCAACGUCAAAAUGCUUUUUAUAAAGCAGUCCAAUAACUUUUUUUUUCAAUUGUUUCCCUAGAGUUUUAAGUUUUAACCUCCAAGCUAUCAAACGAGCAUUUUCACGAAAUUAGAGUCUUAAAUCUUAAUCAUCGAGGUCAGUUGGAACUGGGAAGAAAGAAAUGAAGAAUAGUCCUUGAUUUUUCCCUUCCUCCGCCGUUAAGAGUGAUUUGCGCCCAUUUGUUUCAGCGUUCGCUACGGUUCUGCCGGUGUCUUCUCCAAUUUACUAGGCUCCAAGGUUCUUUUUAAAUAUAUGUUUAUUCAUGGAUCCUCAAUUGACUGGUUUUCCCGACUUAUUAAGCACAUUCGAGCAACAAGAUGACAUCUUGUUUUCUAGCACCUUCCAGCGAUCUCAAGAGUUGGACUCACCCGAAGAUCGUGAUGCUGAUCCUGUUUUCAAGUUCCUUAAUGAGAUACUGUUGGAGGAGAACAUUGAUGAGAAGCCGAGUAUGUUCCAUGAUCCAGUUGCUCUUGAAGCAGCUGAGAAAUACUUCUACGAAGCCCUUGAUCAGAACCCUCCUCCUUCCACUCAUGGAUCCCAUAUUAACCAUAACAAUACAGAAAGCUUAAAAAGCAUGUAUGACAUUUCCAGUGGGCCUCUUCAGCUGACUGUUGAUCCUGGACGAUCUAAAUCAUCUUUUGCAAUUCCUUCUCAUGAACCGUCUUUUCAUUCUUCUUUCCAGAACACAUCAUCUGAGAGUUCAAUUUUUUCUUUAAAUGACUAUAGGAGUAGUACGAAUAUCCAAGUGGACUCUAUGUUGAGUUCUAGCGAGCUUGGAAAUAUACUUAGUGAUACAGAAGCCAUACUACAGUUCAAGAAAGGCAUGGAGGAAGUGAGUCAAUUCCUCCCUGCUACUAAUCAAUUGGUCAUUGAUUUGGAUAAUGACUUAUUGCCUCCAAAAACAGAUGAGAUGCCUAAUGAUACAUUCAUCAAGGUAGAGAAUACUAGUAUGGACAGUUCACUUAAUAAAUCUUUGAGAAGAAUGAACCAUCAGCAUCCUGAUCCUGAUAACAAUGAGUUUGAAGAAUUGAGGAGCAGCAAGCAAUCUGCAGUUUAUGUGGAAGAGGAGUUAUCAGAGAUGUUUGAUAAAGUAUUGCUGUUGGAUCCUAUUGAGUGUCGCAUGAAUAUUCUCCCUCCAUCCGAAGUUGGCAACGACCAGCCACAUAAUGUGUUGAAGGGUGCAGGUCUUCAAGCUUUACCUGAAACAGUUGGAAAUAAAAAAAGGCGUCCAAAGAAGCAGCAGCAGGAAGGUACAACAAGUGAAGCUGUGGACUUGGGGACUCUUCUAAUUGGCUGUGCACAAUCGGUUGCUGCUGAUGAUCGCAAGUCUGCAUAUGAACAAUUAAGAGUGAUCUGGAAGCACUGCUCGCUCAAUGGUGAUGCAAAUCAGAGGCUGGCAUACAUACUGGCAAAUAGUCUUGAGGCUCGUUUGGCUGGAACGGGGACUCAGCUCUACACAUCCCGACCUCCUAAAAGGAUCACAGCUUUUGAGAAGUUGAAAGCAUAUCAGGUUUACAUGUCAGUUUGCCCGUUUAAGAAGAUUGCACUAGGCGUUGGAAAUAAAAUGAUUUAUAUGGUGUCAUUGGAAGCUAAAGCACUACAUAUCAUAGAUUUUGGUAUUGAAUAUGGUUUCCAAUGGCCCGUCCUCAUCCAACAUCUUUCAAUCAGGCCUGGUGGGCCUCCUAAACUGCGCAUUACUGGAAUUGAUCUUCCUCAAUCAGGUUUUCGGCCUGCGGAAUUAAUAGAAGACACUGGGCGUCGUCUGGCGAAGUAUUGUGAGCGGUUUGGUGUGCCAUUUGAGUACAAUGCUAUAGCGAAGCAGAAUUGGGAAACGAUGAAAGUUGAAGAUUUGAAGCUUGUUAGAGGCGAGAUGGUUGCUGUGAACUGCUCGUAUAGGUUAAAAUGCCUGCUUGAUGAAUCAGUUUUGGUGGACAGUCCCCGUGAUGCAGUUCUAAACCUCAUCCGCAAAUUGAACCCAAAUAUUUUUGUGCACUCUGUUUCAAAUGGGUCUUAUAGUUCUCCAUUCUUUGUUGCUCGGUUCCGAGAAGUUCUUUUCCACUACUCUUCCUUUUUUGAUUUUUUUGACAGCACAUUACCCCGUGACGAUCAGCAGAGGUUUCAUUUCGAGCAAGAGUUCUUUGGGCGUGAGGCUUUGAAUGUGAUUGCAUGUGAGGGGACAGAGAGGAUCGUGAGGCCUGAAACGUACAAGCAAUGGCAGGUGAGGACUGUGAGGGCUGGGUUCAAGCCUCUUGUACUGGACCCAGAUAUUAUGCUGAGGAUGGGAAAAAAGAUCAAGGCAGGGUACCACAAAGACUUUAUGUUGGAUAAGGAUGGUAAUUGGAUGUUGCAGGGUUGGAAGGGGCGGAUUCUGUAUGCUUGCUCGUUUUGGGAACCUUUGUAGAAAUAUGUGAACUAUGUCUCUUCCACGUAGCUACUUGUUAUACGAGGAGAUCUGGUUUAGUAGCUAUUUGUUAUUUGAGUGAACCUUCUUAUAUAUCAAAUUAAACAGGCCAACACUGGUUUUAUACCUGACCUGGAGUUGCUUUCGAUGGUAAUCGGAAACAAUAGCUUGAUGAAAAGUCGGAUUUGGCCAUGAAUAUUUUGAUAGCUCAACUGACUUUUUUCAUGAUAGUAUGAUAUGUUUGAUUGAUGUACAAAUAGUCUAUGUUUGACUUUUUUCUGAAUUUUUAGUCACUUGGUAUUGAAUUUACUCGUGUGUGUUGAAUAGGAAGCCGGGGGCAUCAUCAGUGAAGAAGUGGUUAUAUAUGGUGUUUGAUACCAUUAAAAGCACAGUUUGAUCACUCCAUGUUAGAAACCUUGAGCCUUAUUUCAAGAACCUGUUUUUAUUUUCUUCCUCCUAAAUAUAUGUAUGCUGAACUAGAACUUGAAUCUCAGUUUGUAAACCUUCUUUUGGUGCCAAAUUCAAAUAUUCUAUAGCUUAAGUCUCAUAUUUAUCAGAAGUGUAUAAGUGAAUGCUUUCUCAAUAAACCUAUUGAUUUCUAACAUACAAAUUCUUCAUAUUAUCCUAUACCUUCAUAUUGACCUACUGGUGUGACUUUUUCCUUCUUUUACAGUAUCAUGUGUGUGAUAUCUUCUAGGAUCGAUUAUCUAUUUUAAGCAUAUUUUUAAACUUGUUUAAAUUAACAAUUUGAGGUUUACGUCUGGUUAAGCCUCCAGGCGUAUGCCUCAUGAGGCUAAGGCCAACAGCCUCAAGGUCCACUUUCGCAUUUCAUAAUGUUGCUCAUGCACAUUUUGACUAUGGAUGCUGCAGGUUCUUUUCACAUCUAUGUUUAUUUAUGGAUCCUCAAUUGACCGGGUUGCCUGACUCUGUCAGCGCAUUCGAGCAGCAUGAUGAGUCCUUUUUUUCUAGCACCUUUCGGCAAUCACAAGAUAUUACUUACAAUUACUUGAACGACUCUUCAUCUGUUCUGGAUUUCGCGGGUGACCCUUUGAGUACACCCAGUCCCUACAAUGGCUAUUUCGCUUCUGCUGCAGAGUUGGAGUCACCAGAGAAUCAUGACUCUGAUCCCGUUUUUAAGUUCCUCAACCAGAUACUGUUGGAGGAGAAUAUCAAUGAGAAGCCGGGUAUGUUCCAUGAUCCAAUUGCUCUUGAAGCUGCUGAGAAAUACUUCUCUGAAGCCCUUGAUAAAAACCCUCCUCGUGAAUCCUACAUUAGCAAUAAAAACACAGAAAGCUCUGACAGCAUGUACGGCCAUUCCAGUGAACCACCCCAGUGGACUGUUGAAUCUCUACAAUCAUCUUUAUUUACUCCUCCAGAACCUUCUUUCCAAUCCUCUUCUCUGACCUUCUCUGAAAGUUCAAAUUCUUCUAAAAGUUUGUAUGGCAGUAGUCUGAAUGUCCAAGUGGGCUCUAGCGAGCUUGGAAAUAUCUUUAGUGAUACAGAAGCCAAACUGCAGUUCAAGAGAGGAAUGGAAGAAGCAGCCAAAUUCCUCCCCACUACUAAUCAGUUUGUUGAUUUGGAUAAAUACUCCAUUCCUCCAAAAAGAGGUAGUAUGCCUAAUAAAACCAUCAUCAAGGACAAUUUACUUGAUCAUUCUUCUAGAAGAAAGAACCAUCACCAUCUUGAUAGCAAUGAGCUUGAAGAAGAGAGGAGCAGCAAACAACCUGCAGUUUAUGUGGAAGAGGAGUUAAUUGAGACGUUUGAUAAUGUUUUGCUUAAUGAUCCUAAUGACUGUUGCAUGAAUGUUGCUCCAAUUGGUAACAAACUGCCUCAAAACACGCUGAAUGAUGGGGGUGUACCACAUAAUGGUGGACCUGCUGGUAAAAGACAUGCAAAGAAGAAGCUGCAGGGAGAUACAACAGGUGACGCUGUAGACUUGAGGACUCUUCUAAUUGGCUGUGCACAAUUUGUCGCUGAUGAUCACCGCAAGUCUGCAAAUGAACAGUUGACACAUAUCCGGAAGCACAGUUCGCUUAACGGUGAUGCGAAUCAGAGGUUGGCAUAUGUAUUGGCAAAUGGUCUUGAGGCACGUUUGGCUGGCAUGGGGACUCAGCUCUAUACGUCCCGAGCCCCUAAAAGGUUCACAGCUGUUGAGAAGUUGAAAGCAUACCAGGUUUACAUGUCAGCCUGCCCGUUCAAGAAGGUGUCAAUUGGCUUCACAAAUAAAAUGAUUUACGUGACGUCAUUGGAAGCUAAAGCGCUACAUCUCAUUGAUUUUGGUAUUGAGUAUGGCUUCCAGUGGCCUGCUUUAAUUCAAUAUCUUUCAGUUCGGCCCGGUGGGCCUCCUAAUCUUCGCAUUACAGGAAUUGAUCUUCCUCAACCGGGUUUCCGGCCAGCGGAAUUGAUAGAAGAGACUGGACGACGCCUGGCAAAAUAUUGUGAGCGAUUUGGUGUGCCAUUUGAGUACAACACAAUAGCAAUUCGGAAUUGGGAGAAAAUUAAAGUUGAAGAUUUGAAGCUCGUGAGAGGUGAGAUGGUUGCUGUGAACUGCUCUUAUAGGUUACAAGACCUGCUUGAUGAAACGGUGAUUGUGGACAGUCCCCGUGAUGCAGUCCUAAACCUAAUCCGUAAACUGAACCCAAGUAUUUUUGUGCACACUGUUGGUAAUGGGUCUUAUAGCUCUCCAUUCUUUGUUAACCGGUUCCGAGAAGCUCUCUUCUAUUACUCUGCGUUCUUUGAUAUUUUUGAUAAUACAUUACCCCGUAACGAUGAACAGAGGUUUCUCUUUGAGCAAGAAUUCUAUGGGCUUGAGUCGUUGAAUGUGAUUGCAUGUGAGGGGGAAGAGAGGAUUGUGAGGCCUGAAACUUACAAGCAGUGGCAAGUGAGGACUAUAAGGGCUGGGUUCAAUCCUCUACCUCUGAACCCAGAGUUGAUGGUUAAGAUUGCAAAAAUGAAGGAAGGGUACCACAAAUACUUUAUGCUGGAUGAAGAUGGUAAUUGGAUGGUGCAGGGGUGGAAGGGGCGGAUUCUGUGUGCUAGUUCUUGCUGGGUACCUAGUUAGCGCUUCCUUGUGAACAACAGGCCAACUGGUGGUGGUGAUCAUGCUUCCAUUGCUUCUUGUCAUUUGAGUGUGAACCUUCUAUAUUCCACAUCAUCAGGCCUCCACUGGAUGGAUCGAUAUCUGUCAAUGGUACCAUUGAAUAAAGGCUUGAUAAAAACAUGAUAUGUUUGCAGUAUUUCAUCUAUUUACGGAGCCUCAUGUGUCUGCUGAAUUUGUAUUCUUUUCUAGUCAGUCGGUAUUGAAUUUACAUGUACUUUGUUUAAGAUCUUUUCUAGUCAGUCGGUAUUGAAUUAUAAGAUACUUUUCGGUUUACGAUGUUUGACCGAUGAUAAAGAAAACGGACCCCUGUCUGCACUCAAA